AUGUUAUUUUUCCAUUUACAAAAAGAACGUUCAUUUUGUGAAUCUAAAGCAAGAUUUUAUUCAGCAGAAAUAGCUAGUGCUAUUGGAUAUUUACAUGAACAAAAUAUUAUUUAUCGAGAUUUAAAACCAGAAAAUAUAUUAUUAGACCGUUAUGGACAUGUUGUUUUGACUGAUUUUGGUUUGUGCAAAGAAGGAAUUAAAUCGAAAGAUACAACAAAUACUUUUUGUGGAACACCUGAAUAUUUAGCACCAGAAGUUAUUGAGAAAAAACCUUAUGAUCGUACAGUAGACUGGUGGUGUUUGGGCUGUGUAUUAUUCGAAAUGUUAUUUGGUUUACCUCCAUUUUACAGCAAAAACCAACAAGAAAUGUAUCAAAAAAUAAUUAAUCAACAAUUAAUUAUACCUUCAAAUAUUUCUUUAUCUGCUAGAAAUUUUCUACAAAGAAUUCUCCGAAAAAAUCGUUUUGAACGACUUGGAGCUAGAAAUUUUGAUGAAAUUUGUUUUCAUCCUUUUUUUGCUUUAAUUGACUGGGAAAAAUUAAAUAGAAGAGAAAUUAGAGUUCCGUUUAUUCCUAAAAUACGGAGUGAAACUGAUACAAUAAAUAUUUCAAGAACAUUUACUGAUAUUGAGCCAAAUCCAGGUUGGGAAAAAGUUUAUAAAAAUUAG